AUGAGUUCGGAGGAAACCAAAGUCGUCGUGCCAAGGAACUUUAGAUUGUUGGAAGAGCUAGAAAGAGGUGAGAAAGGUAUUGGAGAUGGUACCGUCAGCUAUGGUAUGGAUGAUGCUGAUGAUAUCUAUAUGCAAUCUUGGACCGGCACCAUCCUCGGCCCCCACAAUACUGCAUACGAAGGAAAAAUAUUCCAGCUGAAGCUCUUCUGUGGCAAGGAAUACCCUGAAAGUCCACCAAGUGUCAGGUUCCAGACCCGGAUCAACAUGGCCUGCGUCAACCCUGAAACUGGAGUGGUUGAACCGAGUCUCUUCCCUAUGCUCACUAACUGGCGGCGAGAAUACACUAUGGAGGACAUUCUUGUUAAGCUCAAAAAAGAAAUGAUGACUUCCCAUAACCGCAAGUUAGCUCAACCUCCUGAAGGUACAGAGGAAGCUAGGGCUGAUCCAAAGGGACCAGCUAAAUGUUGUGUCAUGUGAAGAGAGCGGUUUGGAGGCAGUCAGCAAUUUGUAUUAAUAUAAGGGACAAUGUAUAUAAACAACAUCAUUUGAAGCUUUUGCAUACAACUUAAUGUUAUACUCUUGUUUGAGAUUAUAUAUAUAUGUCCACCAUAACAGGUGAUUAUGAUGAUCCUAAUCACUUUGUAUUCUUAGUUCGU